CGAAAGUUCAAAAAGUGAUAAGUUAACUUUAAGUUUUGGUCCGCCGGCCGGCCACCAAGCAUAGCCUACAACUAACACAUAAAACUAGUUAGGCCUAGUCCUAAACAACAGUAAAUUGGACUACUAGCCCACUAGUUCUUCUAGUUUCUAAUCUUGUUCGUCCUGAUGACUACUUAUUGACGGGUCUACUACCGUAGUUUUAAGGUCUGGAACAUGAUGUGACAUCUCAACGGAAUCUCCAGCAGGGCUAUGGGCAAGGGCUCCCUGCAAAAAGACUUUGAAUUUCCCUCUGUGAUCCUGAGCUGUUUUCAGUGCAGCACUAGUGCUGUUACUCCCAUUCUGACUGACAAACUGCACGUCCGAGAUCAAGACAUGAGAGUGGAUGUGGUGAACAAUGUGCCAGCUGUGUCGGUGCUCCAGCCCGUAAAGCGCAGAAUAGGUGCGGAGAAAGAAACACGGAGAGGACCUUGUCAGGACAUCACUAACGUCACUGCAGCAUUGUGCAGCCCACCUAAGAGAGCCAAGAAUGCGCCUAUGACAGUAACAAGCAAAGAGAUGGCUGCAUUCUUCAAAAUUUUUGAUGACAGUCUGAUCCAAGAUUUCUUGUGGAUGGACAACUGUGCAAAAGUAGCAGACAAGUAUCUCAUCGCAAUGGUCUUUGCAUACUUCAAGAGAGCCAACUACACAAUCAGCCAGUAUACAAGAAUGAACUUCUUUGUUGCCUUGUACCUUGCUAAUGACAUGGAAGAGGAUGAAGAGGAGUUCAAAUAUGAGAUCUUCCCCUGGGCGCUGGGACUGACCUGGAGAGACAAGUACCCAAGCUUCCUGAGGAAGCGAGACAAGCUGUUGAAGACCAUCGAGUACAGGGCCGCAGUCAGUCGCAAAUGCUGUGAAGAGCUAAUGGCCAUAUCCCCCAAGCACUACAUCUGGCUAAGAGACCGUCAGCCACACCAUGCUGGUGCCAUCAGACACUAUGAGAACUACCUCGGUAGUGAUGAGAGCAACGAGAGCUUCCCACGUGGGCCGGGCUUGUCCCCCAUCCACUGUGAGCUGUGCGCUGAGAGCGGCAGCUUUGCCUACUGUUCUCCUGGCUCCCACAUCACCAACAGCCCAAGCUGCCAUCUGUACCUAGCGUCUUGCACCGAUACCUCGACUGAUAGCCCAGAUGGGGAUGAACUGCCAUGCAAACCCUACUCACCCAGCAUGUUUGAUAUGCAUGGACUAAAGAGUACCCUUCAGACCGAACCGAAUGGAGAGGAUUCCUACUUUUGGGCAAGCUGCCAUGAGUAAGUGACUCAACCAGUAUUCUGAAAUUUGAUGAAAAAAAAUAAUAUGCCAAUAAUGUCACAAGACUGACGGCUAGUUAGACAGUUAAGUUAACCAUUUUUGACAGCUUUAAACUGAUCUUGUUUAACUUGCAUCUUUAGGAUUUUUUUCAAGUGCAGGGUGCAUUGUUUUAAUUUUAAAUAGUGCAAGAAUUGUGGCUUUUAAACUUUUAUUUGAAGGUUUUAUGAAAAGUACAAUUAUUUGAAGUUCAAAAUGUGUGAAGUUUAAAUAGCAGCUUACAAUAAAACCGAAGUCAAAGCAACUCUGAAAUAAUCUAUUUCAAUAUUGUACAAAAACAUGUAUAUGAUGAAGUUAUUUAUUUCAAUUGUUAUUUGCAUUCAGAUACCAUAUCAAUUGUAUUUAAAUUUCAGUAUUUAUCAUAUUAAAGAUAUUUAAUAGUUUGAAGAUAACUUAUUGUUUCCCUUUCCUCAAAUAGAAAUUCAUUGUACUGUUCAAUUUUGGUCGCGCA